CCCAAAUUGGCGAUUGUAACACCUUAAAUGUCAGUCAGCCUUCUGUUUCAAGAGCUAUGGCUUUCAUUUCAAGAAUUUUGGUUCAAAACCUGGCAGAGCAAUAUGUGAAAUUUCCGUCUAAUGAGAAUGAGAUUACAAGGGUUACAGAGGGCUUUAGAAUUCAACACCAAAUGCCCUGUGUACUUGGAGCUUUGGAUUGCACCCAUAUCUCUAUCAUUAAACCCAACAUCCAGGAAGCUGAACAUCAUCCUCGCUAUUAUCGAAAUCGCAAGAAAUUUUAUAGCAUAAAUGUCGAGGCGACGUGCGAUUCUGAAUUACUGUUCACCAGUGUAAAUGCCAGAUUUCCCAGAUCAUCACACGAUAGCUUAAUUUGGUCCAAGUCGCCUGUGCGGGCAGCUUUAAGAGAUCGAUUUGAUCAGUUCAACCCGAAAUUUCUUCUAGCUGAUUGCGGCUAUCCAAGAGAACCGUGCCUUUUAACUCCCUAUGGAGAAAAUGAAAACGAAGCUUUCCAAAAAAACUUUAAUAAAAAGCAAAUAGCUGCAAGAAAUUGUAUUGAGCGUGCAUUUGGAGUACAAAAUCUUCACUUUGAUUUGUAUUUUAACUCAUUUUUAUCAUAAGUUUUAACAAAGAAUUUUCAUUUACUGUCUCGCGUGUACUCCGUGUAGUCAUGUAUAAAAAAAAAACACUACAACAACUUGACAACUUGAGAGCUCUUCAAUCUUAAAAAAUGACGUACAAAAAGGGGACAUCUAAACCGUUAAACGUCCCUCAUUUUUUAAGAUUGAAGAGCCUCUCCUCCCUCUCACUGCUUGUGUGCAUCACUGGUCUGUGAUAUGUGGUGGAUUCAAUAAUUCCAUAAGUAAAAUAAAAAUUAAAUUCUAAUGAAAAAAUGUUUAUUAAAGUUUUAAUACUGUUCUUAUACUGAAUAAUUUUUAUUUCCCGCCAAAGAGCGACCCCUCCACACUGAUUAGCGAUAAUCAGUACCCAUUAGGAGCUUUUUUGGAGAAAGCUCUUAAUCUGUGAAUAGCUAAGCACAUUUGUUUUUUAAUCAGCUAAACAAAUCAGCCGAAUCUUUGAAUUGACCCCUAAAACAGUUCUCAAAAGUAUGGACGGAAUAACAACCUUUGUUGAUAGUUCACAACUGUUUUGAACUAUUUCAUAUCCGUUGUAGAAUGAGUCUCAACAACCGACUUAUGCUGAUUCACAAAAUAUUUCAGCCAGUUCACAACGAACUAAAUUGGUUCAGAACCAAUUUGAAUCAGUUGUCAACAAUUAGAUCUGAUUCAUAACAUAUUUUUGCUGAAAACGCUGCCUAUUUCAGCUAACUGUGCUCGCUGGGGAGUACUCUACUCAUUUUAAUCAGAUCACAACGCAAUGUAAUUUAAUUCACAACCGAUUCGAAUACAUUCACAACCGAUUUCAGUGACUUCCAAACGAUUUGGUCUAAUGGGUAUGAUUCACAAUCGUUGUGAAUGAUAGAUUUAGAUCAUUCGCAUUCCAUUUUAAGGAUUUCACAACCCUUUAACAACAAUUUUGCCACUUAUUCGAACUGUGUCGCUACCGAUAUGAAUGAGUGCGAAACGAUUUUGAAUAAUUAUGUAUCGAUUUGAACGAUUGAACUGAUUUGCAACUGACUUCAAUGAGUUCCUGAAGAUUUCGUUAAUCAUUGUGGUUGUGAAUCAUUCUUAACGGAUUUGAAUCAGUGAAACACAAUUGAUUUGAACUGAUUCACAAUCUUUGUUGAUCAUUUGCAACCGUUCUGAAGCGUCACAACCGAUUAGAAUUAUUACGUAACCGAUUUUAUAAAGAAUUCUAGACGAUUUGGUCCAAUUAAAAACUAUUGCAAUCAAUUAUAAUGAGUUCGCAAAGAUUUGAACUGAUUCACAACAUCACAACCACAACCCUUUGUUGAUCAUUUGCUACUGCUUUGAACUGAUGAAUAAACGAUUUGAAACAGUUUACAAAGAUUUUCUUUGAUUCACCACCGAUUUGAAUUGCUUUGAAACCGGUUUUAUCUAAUCGUUUUACAACAGUAUCUUGUUGAUAUCCUAAGUAUCCAUGUAACAGAAAUAUUUUAAAUUUGAGAGGACAAAAGAACAAUUACAUGAUGAAGCAAAAUCCUGAGUAAUUUUCCUCAAGUGAUUGGAUAAAAGGAAAUAGACUAAAAAUACAGAGACUUCGGCGCAGAAAAAAGUUUAACGAUCUCUGAGGAAAAAUCAACUGUGAUCUCCACAUUGAUCGUCAGUCUCUAUUUUGCAUCUUUUGGCGGUGGUUCGCAUAAAUUGUACAAGUUGUACGAUAAAUUUUACAAGAAAAGAGAUAAAUAGAAAAGAAUUCUAUCGAUCAUCGUGUGAAAGAUCACCUCUUAUAAAUACAGAUCGCGCGAGAAAUGAUGGAUCAAGAUCGGCCAAUUGUGGAUGAGAAUCAAAUCCAGCGAUCGCGCGAGGAAAGACGUACUACAGGGCGCAUUGUGGCAGUGAUCGUGGCCCUGUCGAUCAUAAUGUUGGCCUGCUACCAUGCUUGGAUCAGAAAGACUGCUGUUCUCGCGGGAGUAAUCAUUCCCGCCUUGAUAAUGGUUCUAUAUACCGCUUGGGUACUUUACACAGCCAAAAGGGACAAGUACAGAAGAAAUUUGGAGCUUCAUGGUGCCAGUCUGGCUGAGGUUUUGUCCAUGGGACCGUCGUCAUCAUCCAAAAAAGACAGUGAGGCAGAUUCAGGAGCUGCACAGGCAGCAAGAGCUGAGAAGAGACAAUCGAUUUCAGAGGAUUCUCAGAGGCAUCCUCCAUUGGAGCGAAAAGGAGCUUCAGGAGCACCCUUGAGGCAUGCAGGGAAGAAGAAACCUCAUCCUCGUGUUGUCCUGGCUGAGAUACCGCGACAUUCAGGCGGUGGGGUCCCAGGAAAGGCUGAAGAUCUCGACCACAAGAAAUCCAAGGACUACAAUCGAAGUCAAUCUGCGGCUUAAGAAUAUUUCCACCAUCAGAGACUUUUGCAUAUUAAUUGCAUGUAAAUACAUAAUUUUCAUGAGA